AUGAUCAUCCCGAUUCGGUGCUUUACGUGCGGAAAAGUGAUUGGGAACAAAUGGGAAGCAUAUCUUGGUCUACUUCAAUCAGAAUACACGGAAGGUGAUGCACUCGAUGCACUCAAUUUGAGGAGAUACUGUUGUCGAAGGAUGCUUCUCGCUCACGUCGAUCUCAUCGAAAAACUCCUCAAUUAUCAUCCACUCGAGAAG